AUGAAAACAAGUGAUGAGUUAGAAAUUGAAAGACUUGUACAAUGUGAACUUGAUGCAAUAAAUCUUGAUGAUUCAAUUGAAGAUCUUGUUGUUGAUGGGGAUGAUGAUGAUGGUGACGAUGACGAUCGAAAAUAUUCAACAGAAGUAGAAGAUGAACAAGAAAUUAAUGAAACAAGACGAAAUUUAGAACGUGAUAUGCAUGAAAGAUUAGCAGCAUUUGAAAAUGAAGUAAAAACUAAUCUUGACCGAUAUGAUAUUGAUUAUUCAGAAAUUGAUGAAUUAUUACAAAAACCUACUGGCACCUAUGAAAAUGAUAUUCAAACAAAUGUUGCACGGGAGUGUGGAAUCGAACGGGAAGAAUUGGAAAGAAUUUUACAAAAUAUAAAUACGGAAGACGCCUCAUUAGAUUCAAGCAUCGAUUCAGAUUCAUCAGAGUAUAAUGAUUCAAAAAUUGAAAUCAUAAAGCAAAAUUUAACUACGAUUGACACUGACAAAUCAGUGGAAAUAACAACUCGAGAAGAAGAGAGAGAACAAGAAGAUCCGAACAAAAAGCUUUACGACGAACGUCUUGCUGAAUCUCAUCGUCGUAUGCUUGAUGAAUUGGCAUUACUUGAUCAACGACGAAAAGAAGAAGAAGAACGUUACGCUAUUGUUCUUCAAGAUCAACAAGCACGUUUAGCUGAAGAAUAUCAUCGUUUUCAAGAGACACUAGAUGAAAGUGCCCGACAGACUCGUAAUGAAAAACUUCAGUUUGAAACAUUAUGUCGUGAACAAGAUCGUUUGACGAAUGAUCGACAAAUUAAAAUGGCAACUCUUAUCCAAGCAUGGUAUCGAGGAAAACGUAUCUAUCGUCAAUAUCAUGGGGAAAUAUUGAAACGUGCAGCACCAACAUUAAGAACCAUAGCUAAAAAGCGUAAGAAGAAAGAACAAGAAUUAGCUAAUGCUGCUAAGUUAGCAAAAAUUCAAGAGGAAAAAAGAAUUGAAAAAGAAACCGAACAAAACGUUGAAACAAAUUCAAUACCAUUACCAAUCGACAAUAUUAUAUCGUCUCCAUUACCGGAUACUACCAAUAAAAAGUUAAAUCAACUUCCGAGAGUUCCAUCAUCAACAGAAACAAAAGAAAUAAUUCCACCAAAAGAAAAUACAAUUAAAAAAAAGAAUAUUCAACCAAAACCACAAAUUGUAUCAAAACAAACUUCAAGUUCAAUAUUACCAACAACUCAAAUACUUCAACUUGAAAAUCCAAUUGACUUCAUUCCAACAAUUAUUCCAAAUCAAAGAACUAUUUCAUCGCCUCGUAAAAUUCAAAUAGAAAAUAAUAAUAACAAUACAGCACAUCAAAUUCCACCACCACCACCAAUUCAAACUAAAGAACAACGACCAAAAUCAUCCAAUAAGCGUCAACCUUCAGUGAGAAAUGACCGGACACAAAACGAUUUACCGCCAACCACUGGAAAUAUUUCAAUCACUGAACAGUUGAGUACGACUCUGAUCGAAUCAAGUAUUUCCUCAACAUCAAUGAUACGAUCGAAUACAUUCGAAAAAAAACCUGAAAGUUCACGACUACCAAUUGAAACUAUUUCGACUCCACCCAAGUCAAUAUAUCGAUCUGAUACAUUUCACAAAGACAGAGACACUCAUUCAUCGUCACCGCAACCACCAAUCAUUAAAUCAAUAGAUAUAACUUCAUCCAUAUCGAUAAGUCGAUCGAAUACAUUUGUUGAUAAACUCGAACGAUCUCCGUCACCACCCAUUGAAAAAAUUACAUCCAUAGACAUAAAACAUCAAUCUAAUGGGUAUAGUAAUAAUGAUGAUGAUAGUGUUUCAUCGUUCAAUGAACAAAUACCAAUUAGAAAUUCUAUCGAUACAGUACCAAUAGAACUUCCGAGGACAUUAAAACAAUCUGAAAUAAUCUCAGCUAAACCCGAUAUUCCUAUAACACCGAGAAUCUCAACGGCUCGUAAGAUAUCGAAAGAAGAACAACAUCCACCUAAAAAAUUGAAUAAAUUUUUAAAUGAAGCGCGUUGUUGGGCUGAAAAUACUCGUGAUGUAACUUAUUCGAAUCUUAUUCUCUCAACUGAAGAAAACAUUCAACAACAUCCAACGCGUAAAACAGGUGUAAAUCUUCGAAAACUGCCUGAUAUUGAUACUCAAGUAUUAGCAAAAGCAACUAAAAAUCAACCUUCAAAACAGAUUCAUUAUUUACUUAUUGAGCAACUUCUUACUCCGUGUUCAUUAUCUUUAAUUGGUACGACAUAUCCAAGUUUAACUCAUCUUGUUCUUCGUCAAUGUAAACUUGUACAGCUUGUUGGUCUCGAAUCAUGUAAAUUACUAACUGUUCUUGACGUACAGGGAAAUUGGCUGGAGCAAAUUCAUAUUCAAUUAAAUCAUUUAGAAUAUUUAAAUAUGUCUCGAAAUCGUAUUACAUCGCUACUCUCAAUGAAUACUCCAAAUUUAAAAUAUCUUGAUGUAUCAAAAAAUCGUUUAACACGUUUGAAUGGAAUUGAAACAUUGAAGAAUUUAAAUAUUCUUCGUGCUACAAGUAAUCAACUAUUAACAACAAUUGGUUUACAAGGCUGUACUAAUCUAUUACAUAUUGAUCUAUCCGAUAAUCAUCUUGUUGAAAUGGAACAAAUCGAUCAAUGUCCAUUAUUAAUUACAAUAAAAGCAAGUUCAAAUGCUGUUAUACAAAUACCAAAUCUUUUAAAUGCUAUUUUACUGAAUGAACUGGAUCUUUCAUCGAAUAGUUUAACUUCGUUUGAUGAAUUAUCUAUUGGAUCAUGGUUACCAUUUUUAACACAUCUUCGUUUAUCAAAUAAUAAUUUACAAGAAUUAUCAUCAAUUAAAUUGCCAUCAUUAGUCGAACUUGAUCUUGGAUUUAAUCAAAUAUCGGAUGUAACAACGUUAGAACGCUUUGUAAAAGAUUGUGCGUUGUUGUCUCGUCUUAAUUUAGAACAAAAUCCUGUUCUAUGUGAUAUAACAGAUUCAUCAUCGUUGAUUAAAGAGAAAUCGCCUUGUGAAAAUCCAAUAUCCAUUUUACCGCAAUCAUUAAAUGAAAAAUCAUCCCAAUCAAUUCAAUUGUAUUUAGAUUUCCUUGCAAAUAUAACUUCAAUAUUCAUAAGACUUCGUCAAACCAUCGAACAACAUCAAAUCGAACCUUUUAAUCUAUUGAAAUCAAUUCAUACUCGAUGCCAACAAUAUUAUGAACAGAAAAUAAUAGAACCAAUGGAAAUCUUCGAACCAAUUAUUCCUGAUAAUAAUUUGAAGAUACUUUCAGUUCAAGAACAAAGUGUCAUUCGAUUACAAGCACAUUGGCGUCGUUGGUUAGUCGAACGAAUAUUAUUUCGAAAAUGGCGAGCUGCUCAAAAGAUUCAAGCUUGUUGGCGAGGUUAUGCAGUACGUAAACGUAUGCGUAAUGUUCGAUGUUUAUUUAGUCAACAACAGCAGACAUUUGAUGAAGUUGAUUUAAGUCAAUUUGAUUUCGAUGAAGCAGCUUUUGAUGCACGUUUCCAACGACCACGCACACCAACGACUCGUGUUCGACAAGGAUGGCAAUCUCAAUCUAAAGUCGUUGCAAAAACUACGAUGAUAACAGAAUUACCUCGUCCGAAUUCUUCUCGUUCGUCAUCAGCAGCUUCAUCACGCGCUAAACCAAUCGUAGAACCAUUGUCGAUACAAGCUCGAACUAAUCUCAUCACAGAUGAAUGGGGUUUUUCACCUUCAAGUUCAACAGCAGCACUCAUGUUAAAACGAGCAGAAAAAAUGAAAUGGAACUCAGAACGAAAACAUAAACGAGAACAUAUGGAUGCUUAUCAACGUUUACAAAUAGCACGACAAAGUGAACUACCACCUGGUUCACUACGAUUGGCUCGACGCCAACCAGCAUUAGCACAUGCUACAAAAUCGAUUGCACAUACAAAAACUUUGUCUCCUCCUGCCACAUCUCAAUCUCGUGGAAACCGUGUCUUCGAAUGGGUACAUACUCAAGUAGCUCGAUUCGACGAUUCUUCGGUGGUAAGUAGUAAUAGUCCAAGAAAUGAACGUAAACGUUUACCAAGUCUUGAUGGUUCAACUGAUUCAAUGAACCGAAUGCGUUCAAGUGAAGCCUUACAGCAGCAACAACGAUGGUCUUCUUCAACAGUAUCUAUUCGUCAUCCACCGCCAUUGUUGCCACCUAUCAAUGGACAUUUACCACGCGUUUAA